AUGCGUACCUACGACGAUACUUUCAGUGCUACAAAAAUCUACCCGGGCAAGGGCAAACUCUACGUCCGCGGUGACAGCAAGAUCUUCCGAUUCCAAAAUGGCAAGACCGAAUCCCUCUUCCUCCAGCGCAAGAACCCUCGAAGAAUAGCCUGGACCAUGCUUUACCGAAGACAACACAAGAAGGGAAUUUCAGAGGAAGUCGCCAAGAAACGCAGUCGCCGCACUGUCAAGCACCAGCGCGCAAUUGUGGGAGCUUCGCUCGACGUGAUCAAGGAACGCCGCGCCCAACGACCUGAAGCCCGUGCCGCCGCCCGUCAAGCCGCUAUCAAGGAAGGCAAGGAGAAGAAGGCUGCCUCAGAGUCAAAGAAGAAGGCCGAAAAAGCAAAGACCGCUUCCAGUGCCGCUCGCGGUCAGGCCCGUGGUGGUAUUGCCUCGAAGCAGCAGGCCAAGGGCGCACCCAGCAAAGUUCAAGCCAAGAGCAGAUAA